CUCCCGCCGAGGCCAACACACACUCUACAUCGACUCGACAAUCCGGUUACCAUGAGCGAGGGAGACUACCGUGUUGCUGACAUCUCGCUGGCCGACUUCGGUCGCCGCGAGAUCGAUAUCGCUGAACAUGAGAUGCCCGGGCUCAUGUCCUGCCGUGAGGAGUUCCCUGGCCAGCUCGAGGGCGCCCGUGUGUCUGGAUCCCUGCACAUGACCAUCCAGACGGCUGUCCUGAUCGAGACGCUGAAGGCGCUAAGCUCGGACAUCCGUUGGUGCUCGUGCAACAUCUUCUCCACUCAAGAUCACGCCGCAGCAGCCAUCGCACGCGACGAAUCUGCCGCAGUGUUCGCCUGGAAGGGCGAGUCGCUUGAGGAGUACUGGGAGUGCACCCUCAGCGCUCUGACAUGGCCGGAGGCGGACGACAAGGGCACCGGACCCGACAUCAUCGUUGACGAUGGCGGCGACAUGACCCUGCUGAUCCACGAGGGCUUCAAGGCCGAGAAUGCCUACGAGAAGGACGGCACUCUCCCCGACCCGGAGUCGGCAGGAGACAACGCGGAGUUCAGGAUCGUCCUCACCAUCAUCAAGCGCGAGCUGCCGAAGACUCCCAGGAAGUGGCACGAACUGGCGGCUCGCUGCGUGGGCGUUUCGGAGGAAACCACAACCGGUGUACACCGUCUGUACAUGAUGGAGAAGGACGAGAGCCUUCUAUUCCCGGCCAUCAACGUCAACGACUCGGUCACCAAGUCCAAGUUCGACAACCUGUACGGCUGCAAGCACUCCCUCCCCGACGGUCUCUGCCGCGCGACCGACGUCAUGAUCGCCGGGAAGUCCGCCGUCGUUUGCGGCUAUGGUGACGUCGGCAAGGGAUGCGCCCAGGCCAUGAAAGCUGCCGGUGCCAUCGUGUACGUCACGGAGGUGGACCCCAUCUGCGCUCUUCAGGCUGCGAUGGAAGGCUUCCGUGUUGUGAAGCUCGACACCGUCGUGAAAACCGGUGACAUCUUCAUCACCACGACCGGGAACAAAGGAAUCAUCAUGGCCACGGACAUGGCGAAGAUGAAGAACAACGCCAUCGUGGGCAACAUCGGCCACUUCGACAACGAGAUCGACCUCGCCGGCCUGGUCGCCACCACCAAGCAGCUCAACAUCAAGCCGCAGGUGGACAAGUUCAUCUUCGACGACGGUCACGCGAUCAUCCUCCUCGCCGAAGGGCGUCUGCUCAACUUGGGAUGCGCCACUGGGCACCCCUCGUUCGUCAUGUCCGCGUCAUUUACAAACCAGACACUGGCCCAGCUUGAGUUGUGGAAGGAGAAGGAAUCGGGCAAGUACGCGCGUGGCCACGUGUACGUACUGCCGAAGCUGCUCGACGAGAAGGUCGCCCGCUUGCACCUCAAGUCUCUCCAGGUGGAGCUCACCGAGUUGUCGACCGAGCAGGCGGACUACAUUUCGGUCAAGAAGGAAGGCCCGUUCAAGCCUGACACCUACCGUUACUGAGCGAAUUUCGUCGGCGUUUCGUGCUCUUCCGUAGACGUUUCCCCCGCAUCCUUGCCAAGUAGUGUCCCGUAGAGUCGUAGAGUUGAUGCUUUUAUGCAAGGUUGCCAGGGAUACCGUAGAUUUGGCUGUUAUCCGCUGCGGUGGCAUGCACACCCAUUUCAACGUCAAAAGAUUUUGGAGACUGGUGCGAAUCCAAGGAUAUACUAAACGUGUUUCUCACGAUGUGUUUUUUGUUUUGCCUGUUGGAACGUGGUAAAAGUCGACGCUUUCCCGCAACAACUAAAAAAGACUGUUGAUUCUCCACGUCGUACUGUACACGCUCCUUCCACGGUCGGUUCGUAUCCACCAUUAUGUCCAACAGUGGUGACUGCUGUGCAACCGAGAUCGAUCGGGCUAAUUCGGAGAAAUGGCCAAGUUUUUCCUGAAACUAACUGUAGACACGCAUAUUCCGUACAAAUAGCUUCACCUGAUGUACAUGCCUGAUGCAUCGUAUGUAUAUGGAGCAGCCGACCACGAAGAGUCUCCGUUACUCUUGAUUGCUCGAUUGUUGAAGCCCAUGAAAGAUAGUUUGCACUAAUCUUUACUGAAAUUUUU